GGAGCAGAGCAACACAGUGUGACACCACCACCGCUUUGACCCCAUUAUUACCAGAACACGAAAAAGGAGAGACCCUUUUUUAGGGCUCUCCCCCAUUUUUCAUUGCAUGGAAGGAGAGAGAGCCGAGAAGAAGAGGCCGCUUGCUAUUGACUUCAACAAGCUCUUGGAUGGCAAUGACGAUUUUGACCCGCCGGAGGUUCUCAGAGUGAAGAAGACCAAGCCCGUCACCAUCGCCGCCGACGAGACACCGAAACGGGCGGCGAUGGGCGGCGGCGAUGAGCUAAGGGAUGAGGAACUUGAGAGGGUGAGCAAUAAGGACCUGGAUGAUUUGAUUGGGCGGCAAAGAGCACAUGUGAAGAUGUUGGCUCCAAAAUUGCCAGACAAAGGCGAAAAGCUGAGGGUUCGUUUGAAGAAAAUGGAGGAUGAGCAGCAGAGGAGGAUUGAACACCCAGAGAGGUAUAUCAGUAUGGUGGAGAAGCCUACCGGAGCGACCAGCUCUGCAGGUGUUUCUAGUGGCUUCAGAGAGGAGGCUACAUCAUCUCCAGGCGAGCGAGGGGCUUCAUUUUUAAAACUCUUUUCUCAAAAGCUGGAUGACGAUAGAGAUUCUAACAAGGGAAAUGCAUUUGAAAGAGAAUUUUCAACUUUGGGUCACUGCAACCGCCAGAAAAAGAACAAUAAUGGAGCAUUCGUGCCAAAGGGGGCACAGAAAAGUCGAUCUUCAUCAAGACAAUUCCCUUUUCAAAGCCCUAGCAACUUCUAUCGUGAUAAAGAUAAAACUUCUCUCUCAAAUGGUGAUCGUAAAGGCAAAGCUUCUUCCAAUAACUCAGGUUAUCAGUGUGAGGAAAACUCCUCCAGCAGCUUUGCAAAAAAGGAGGAUCAUUAUCAACUUCGGAAUAGGACCAGGAAGAGUCAGACCAUUUUACUUGUGGAUGAGGAGGAACCUGAGUUCACAGACACCACAGAGCAAACAGAAGAAAUUCCUGAGAGGUAA